AUGGAUGUAUACUGGCAAAUACCAGAUGAUGAGUCCAGUCAACUACUCACUGUGUUUAAUACACCCCUUGGUAGAUAUUGCUAUUUGCGAAUGCCUUUUGGAAUUAAUUCAGCACAAGAGGUAUUUCAGAAGAGAAUAUCCCAACACUUUGAGAAUCUUCUUAGUGUUGAAACAGACAUAGAUGACAUUUUGGUAUGGGGUACAACAACCGCCAAUCAUGAUGAAAGGUUGAAGGCUACACUCAAACAAUGUGAGGAAAGAAAUCUCUGUUUCUGUCACAAAAAUUGGGUACAUAGGAAAUAUUCUCAUCCCAGAAGAAGUACAACCAGAUCCAGAAGGAUUCGAGCUAUAACUGAGAUACCGCCAGCAACAAACAAGCAAGGAAUAAUGCGAUUACUGGGUACAAUGUCUCGGAAUAACAACCAAAAUAAUGUUGGUAACAAACUUAAACACUUAUCUGCCAGGUCAAAAGAACAUUUUAUCAAUAGUAAUAUACCUGCUCUGUUAGUCGUUAACAACGCUGUACCCAAAAUACCUGACAUUAUACCGCAUUGUCUCUACUAG